GACAAAUGUUGGGCAAUACAAAAUUGCAAUUAUAAACCCCUUACUCCCAAAUAGCAGUAUUUCCGCUACUUUCUACCAUUCAAACUACAGAGCAUUAGGAAAUAGAGAAGACGAGAAGAAGACUUAUUAGUGUGUGACUGUGUGUAGAAAAGGAUUGCGAUGGAGCAUAGGCAUCAAGCAGUAGAUGGACUCUUCAAUCUCUUCACUAAAGCCAAUCAUGACCUCGCCGUACUCCAUAUUAAGCUCGAGAAGGAAUUUCAGCAGACGUAUCCUGACAAUGCGAAUCCGAUGAAGCUCGUCGCUAGAAUUAAGAAGAUUCAAGCGGAUGUUUCCUCCUUGAAGGAGCAAUGCCGUGAACUACUGGAAGCCAAGCAGGGUUUGAUUGACAAAGCAAGGAUGGUUUUAGUUGGAAACAGAUCAAUGUUGCAGAAGCUGCAAGCAUCCACGAGGAUUCCUGUCACUGAUGAUUCAAGUGACUCUGCAUACUCUAACUUCAGUCAGAUAAUUGAAGAAUGGACUGUUCAAGUCAGGUCUAAGACAGAGGAUGAAAAGCUGGAGUCCGGCACUGAGGACAUAAACCAUCUUCUUUUCUCAGCAAUUGUCCCAGAGAAUUAAAAAUUUCUGACUUGCCUUGUAAUGGACUAACCAGUGAACACUAGUGAUUCCUGUUGGAUUGUAAUGUUCACUAUUUCAUAGAAUGGUGAUUUGGAUGUUGUAGUUGGUUGCUCGUGGACCCGCUAAACGCAUGGUUUUCUGUAAAUGGUUGGCUUUAAAGAAUAGCAUGAGAGCUAUUUCUUCUUCAACGUUUCUCAUUUAGAACAAGUUUCUGCAAUAUUUCAUUAUUAAGUUCACUAACUUGUAUGAACUUUGUUAGGAAAUUUGUGUGUAGGAAAGAAGGCAAAGUUUCUAAAG